UUUGUGAAACCUUAACCAAUGAAGCCCUCAGAAACCACAAAUAACAACUCAAAAGUGGAAGAAGUAUGGAUGGGUGCUUUUCCCAUUUGCCUUUACCAGGGUUUUUGGUGCCCCCCUAACCUUCUUCAACCUACUAUCUUAUUUCAAACCCAAUUCAAGGCAUAUGACAAUGAUAUCAUCCUAGCCAGCCUUCCUAAAACCGGCACCACUUGGUUAAAAUCUCUAAUCUUUGCCAUUGUAAAUCGAAAUAAGUUUCUUGAUUUUACACAACACCCUCUUCAAACUCAAAACGCCCAUGAACUUGUUCUCCAAUUAGAGGCCAAAGUUUAUAAUAACAUUACCAAUGGGUCAACCCAACCUGAUUUUCCAAAAUUACCCUCCCCUCGACUCUUUGCCACACACAUACCUUAUUUUUCACUACCAAAAUCAUUGAAAACCUCAAAAACUCGAAUUGUUUACGUAUGUAGAAAUCCACUUGACACUUUUGUUUCAUCGUGGCAUUUUUACCAUCAGUUUAAACUAAACAUGAAACCUGAGCUAGAUCAUUCAAUGAUAGAGCAACAUUUUGGUAAGUUUUGUGAGGGUAAAUUCCUAUAUGGCCCAUAUGAAGAUCAUGUACUUGGGUAUUCGAAGGAAAGCAUACAAAAUCCAGACAAGGUGUUGUUCAUGGAGUAUGAAGGACUGAUUGAGGAUCCAAAAGCUCAUGUGAAAAAGUUGGCAGAGUUCGUGGGUUACCCGUUUUCGAUGGAGGAAGAGAAAGGAAAUAUCAUAGAUGAGAUAAUUAAGCUUUGCAGCUUUGAUAGUUUGAAGGAAAUGGAAGUAAAUAAGAGUGGUAAUUUUUAUGGAUAUUUUGAGAACAAAGCUUUGUUCAGGAAAGGCGGAACCGGAGACUGGACUAAUUAUCUUACUCUUUCAAUGGUUAAGAAAUUUGAUGAAAUCUUCCAACUGAAAUUUAAGGGAUCUGGUUUUUCUUUUAACCACUACCAAUUCUUUUCUGGAACUCCAAAAUAGUUGGGAUAUAUGAAGGAUUUACUUGUAUUUCUCCUUCUUUAUGUUCUUUGUCUGUGUCUAGUGAGUUAAAUUAAUGGGCUUUCUACAUUGUACCCCUGUAUUUCUUUGAUUUCUAUGUUGUACUUGUAAAAUAUAGUCAACUGUAUCCAACGUUUAAAAAUUAUGUUACUUCUUAAACAAACUAAGGUUUAUCUGUAUUAUAAUCAAUUUUAUGUUUGU